AUGUCUACAAACUACAAUAUGGACCCAUCAACAGCCACUAAUUCCAUACCGGAAGGUGCCUCUUGUCGGAUUUGUAGAGGAGAGCACAGUACAGAUCAACCACUCUUUCACCCGUGCAAAUGCCGGGGAUCGAUCAAAUACAUUCAUGAAAACUGUUUGAUGGAGUGGGUGGCCUCUAAAAAUGUUGAUCUGUCACGACCCGGAUCGGAAAUGAAGUGUGAUAUAUGCCAUUUUCCGAUUCAACUAACGACCGUGUACGACGAAAAUACCCCAGACAGAGUACCUCUGACACUCAUAAUCCGAACAACCGUGGGCGUACUUUUGCGACAGACGCAAUAUGUAUUGUGCAUUGCUUUGGCUGCAUCGUUAUUGGUCGUGGGAAUACCGCUAACGUGGAAUGCUCUGGGCAAACUGAUAGCCACGAUGCUGCAUGGCGGCAAGCUGCCGAUCCCCGGCUCAUUUUGGAGAAGCAUACUUUUUGGUUUCGACUCGGUUGAGGCUGAAAAUGUCACGACAACGGAUAUCGUCCUCCAAUUCCUCAAGAAUUAUAGGUUUUCGGUUACACAAAUCGUGUUCGUGGCCAUAAUACACAUCGCAUUAUACUUCCAAUACGACAUGGUAGUGAGGGAAGCUAUUUUCAACAAGAUGGUCUACCAUAAGAUCGGACCCCGUUUCAGCAAGGAAGAGCUCAUGACUGAAAAACUAAAACAGCAGUUUCCCGGAAUGGACGAAAAUACCAUUCACCAUAUAGUGCAGCUGAUGAAAACCAGAGAAAGAGCAGUUGCAACCCAACCAGAAGUAAUUCCCACCGGGCCUGUCGAACGUGACGAUAAUGAGGUUGAACAUGGCGUUGUUGGUGACCAUGUUGCUGAUGACCAUAGUAAUGGUGAGCAUGUCAACAGCAGGCAAAGACUGAGAAAUAGAAAUCCCUUAAAUUUGGGAAGCAACGAGGAUGACGAUGCAGAAGAUGACGAAGAUGAUGCGGAUUACAACCCCAGUGACACUUUGUCGUCCCAAAGCUCAGAGAUCUCAGACGCUUCAAGAAAUCAGGACCCAGAUGAUGAUGACGAACGCCAGGAACUUCUAGAGCCGGUCGAUCCUUUGAAUCUGCUCAGACAGCGUCGAGCAGCAAAUGAAUUUGACAAUUUGUUGCAAGCUCAACAAGAACAGGCCCCCGAGGGACAACCCAACGACUUUAUCUUUAUGGAUUUACCGAAUGAAGGUGCUGCGGGUGGAGCUCCCGAUGGCGUUGAUCUUGACGAACCUUUGAAUCAGCAGGAUGGGCCAGCGGUGCUUGGUCUUCAUCUAAAGUUUGGGAAUCUACCUUUCUAUUAUCUCGCUGCAAGCGUCUUUCUGGCACUGUACCUUUUCUUGGCCUACGCAAUUCCAACGAUUGUGGGAAACCUUCUUUUGACUGUCUACAUCUCCUUGGUUUCAUACAGUGUUAAGGGUUUCACACAAACAAUCAGGGCGGCCAAAAUGCCACUAAUUGUAGCCAAAGUGCAUAGGGAGUUUCCUGAUCAAGUGGAAUCGGUAACAUCUUUUUUGUCGCAUGCUCGUUCCUUCUUCGUCACUGUUCACAAGAGUUACAUCGACUAUGACAACAAAAACUCGACUGUCGCACAGUCCGUCCCCGCCCUUAUCACAUAUUGUACAUUCCUAAGUUUGAUUUCAUUGAGCUGCAACUUUCUCAGCAGGGGAUAUGGGGUUAACAAUGGUAUGAAAAAUCCUACUCGGCGAUUUAUUUUUCAACUAUUUUUUGCCAUUAGAUGUUCUCUGAAGGUUUUCCUGUUAUUUGCAAUUGAGCUUGUCGGCUUCCCUGUGUUAGCAGGAUCUAUGAUUGACUUCUCUCUCAUAAGUCCCUGUUUGAGACAGCAUCAUUUUCUAUUUUACGUCGGUAGCCUCAACCUAUGGGCACCGACGAUCUGGGUGAUUUAUUGGAGCAUAGGAACUCUCUACAUGUUCUGGUUUGCUAAAUACGUGGGUAUGAUUCGAAACUAUAUCAUCAGGCCUGGAGUUCUAUUUUUUAUCAGAUCCUCGGACGAUCCAAACAUCAGAAUUCUUCACGACAGCCUAAUACACCCCAUGAGAAUUCAGUUUUCCCGAUUGGUAUUGUCCAUGGGAAUUUAUGCAAUGUUCAUUAUUUUUGGGUUCGGGUUCCACACCAGAAUACUAUUUCCUCACCUCUUGCACUCAAAAAUCUUACCGUUCGCAGAUGAGGACAACAUUUAUGUUUGUCUAAAUGUCCUUAUGGUUUUGAAUUCAAGCUUUUUGAUAGAUUUUGGCAAGACUUUCAAAUUGUACGUCAGACAAUACUGGACUAAAGUUUUUGACAUAUGUUGCGGGAAGCUCCGUCUGUCUUCUUUCAUUUUGGACAAAGACGUUUCGACAGAGAGGGGUUAUGUGGUAUACCGGAAUGCCUUUUACCAAUACAUCUUGCCUAAAAAAGCGAGAUGGUCAAACGCAAAUCUGUAUGUCGACCCCAAGACGCCGUCUGUGACCCGAGAGCUAUUCAAAACUCAAAAAGACGUACAUGCAUAUUUCAUACCCAACGGAGUGUUGAUGCGCGUUCCAGCAAACGACAUAAUAUCACGCAAUUACGUGCAAACAUUGUUUGUACCUGUCACGAAAGACAACAAACUUUUGAAGCCGCUAGAUAUCGAGUCAAUCAGAGAAAGAAAUAAAGAAAUGAUCGGGGAAUUUGGACAUUUGGAUGACCAGAGCACAGAGUUCGACGCUUAUACGCUUGUCUAUACUCCCCCCAAUUUCCGCAUCAGAUACUCAGCUUUGAUCGCUCUUAUUUGGCUUUUUGCUUCAUUGCUCAGCAUUUCCUUGGCUCUUAUUUUCAAUUUUGUCGGAAGAAUUUCCUUGCUAGUUGCUGUUGCACCUUUAAUGCAAUUGAGUCCAAUCCGAAACUUCUUCGCUAGAUACAGAGACUUGACAGCCGUCGGUCUCUUUCCAAUGAUUGUGGGAUCACUAGUUUGCAUAAUCGGUCUCGAAUUCUAUCAAGAAUUCAGAGUUUCGAAAUUUGUACAACAAGAACACUUGGUUCAACCUGAAGAAGCGGCAGCAGGUGAUGACCCCGAGAUGGAAAUUCAUCAUCAUCAUCAUCAUCAUAAUGGGCCGCACAACGUUGCUGAUGCUAACCCCAAUCUAGUCCCACAGCAACCAUUUUUUGAGAGGGAGCAUUGGCAAAGAAUAAUGUUAUCUUGCUUAAUCGGCCUGCUCGGUGUAGCAAAGCAUUUACUAGUACUUGAUUACAACUACUCGACUGUUUUGAUGGCCUUCAAGGUGCUUCAUUCUGAUGGUCGUCCUAAUGUAAUUAGACCACGGUUUUUGUUGGCGGAUCCUAUUCCAAAUCUGAGUCAAUUCAAAUCACCAGAGAUGAUAGUCUAUGUCAUUAUCUUUUUGACCAGCUUUCUGAAAGACCAAAUAGCGUUUUUCUCCUACCUAGUACGUGACAGACAAGACGAUACAAACCGCCAAUUGAAAACAAUGUUGUACAAUCUGGUAGCUGAGUGCUUGCUGACCACGGGUUUGGCCUUUCCAUUGCAGCUGCUCAUGUGUUCGCUUGAUUACCUGCUCUCUAACUCCCAAUUUGAAUCUCCCAUGAAGGUAUUUUAUUUUCUGGUUUGGAACAGGAGUCAUUUUACGCAUGCGCAGAUUCCAUGGAGCGUCUUUCAAGUAUUAUUCUUUGCUAUUUCCCCGUUGAUAUGCGGAGGCUAUUACUUGGCUGGUAUCGUAAAAACGUUCUAUGCUUUUUUGCAAAGAUCGGCUGCGAUCACGAAAGAAGAGGUUUACGGUCGAGGGAGAACUCUAACAAAUCUACUAGACGCAACAGACGUUUGA